UGGACCUUGCUGGGACACGGAGCUCUCAGGUUGGCUGUGAAUUAAUGAAAAACCUUUACAUGAAUUAAUUAGCUUUGAGAAGGACCUAUCCUUUGCAUCGUUUAGGCUAACACACAGUCACUUUUUUUAUCGCGCAAAAUCGAUGAAGACAAGACACCAGGAAAUUGGAAACAUUUCGUUAUGUCAAAUAUGGAGCGUUCAUUCUUGGGCUAACCAAUAAUCCAUUUGCUGCUACGGGGGAACACAGUCCACUUUUGUCAGAGAGAUGCCCUGGCUGUUCCUGAGAAUGCUUUGAACUUUAUAAAAGAUUCUUUUAACAUUGUUCCUGGAAGGGCAUCGGAAGAAUACUCCUGGAAUCAUCUGCACACUUUGCGCAUUGCGUAAUUGGCAGGGAAAUAUGCGCUUGUCCGUUAGGAAGGCUACACAUAAUGUUGGGACUAAUCUCUGCUGGAAGGCGUUUAUCGCACCACGUUUGUUGUAAACACAGCAGAAACAAGGAUGAGAGUGUUUAGUAUGCGUGGGAAAGGUCGGCAUCAGAUGCUGCUGGCGCUCUGUUGGCUGUUUUUGGUUCUUAUGAGGAGCGGAGCAGUUUCCAGAUGUGUGGACCAUGCCUGUAGUCCACCAAUUGGGAACCUGGCUAGUGGCAGGACCAUCCUCACCCACUCAAGCUGCUGUGGGAACAGCUCCUUCCCACGCAGCCCUUGCCCCCAUCCUCCUGUAACCCCCCACCUCCUCUGCCCCGAGGACACCCACCCAUCUGCUCACAUGACUGAUGACCCUUUCUUGCAUCCAGAUACCUGGUGGGCAUCAGGUGCAGGCACCACCAUGCAGGAGCAGCAGGAUGAGAUCCGCUUGGACCUUGAAGCACAAUUCUGUCUGUCCCAUGUAGUUUUAGUGUUCAGGUCACCACGGCCUGCUGCCAUGGCCAUUGAGCGUUCAGCUGACUUUGGAAAGACCUGGGAAGCUCUUAAGCUCUUUGCACACAAUUGCAGCAUGGAGUUUGGUUUGCCUGAUGAUUUUACUCAGCCAGGGUCUUUGUGUACAUCCCGUUAUACCAGUGCUACACCCUGCAGUGGGGGGGAGGUAAUAUUACGGACACUAGACCCUAGCAGUGCUAAAACACUGGACCCUUACAGUCCAGAGGCCCUCGCCCGCCUCACACUCACUAACCUCCGCAUCAGACUGCUAAAAGCUCAGACUUGUCCGGCACCUCUAAAUCCACCUGCAGAAUGGACAAGCCCCACGGCCUCAGCUCUGACUUCCACAUCCUCCACAGAAAGCUCAGCCUCCGCACCUUAUGCUAUUUAUACUUUACUGGCCAGAGGGACCUGCCUGUGCCAUGGACAUGCUGAGCAUUGUGUACCAUACAACAGCAGCCAAGACACAAGACAGGACAGUAACAUGGUGUCUGGUAGGUGCCUAUGUACUCACCACACAGCAGGAAAUCACUGUGAGAAGUGUGCCCCGCUCUACAAUGAUCGUCCCUGGAGGCCUGCCAACAGCAACAGUGGGGAGUCCAACCCAUGCCAGAAGUGCCAGUGCCACGGUCACGCAGAUAGCUGUCACUUCUCUCAGCGGGCAUGGCUUUCCUCCGGCGGCACCAGUGGGGGCGUUUGUGAUGACUGCAGACACAACACUGUCGGGCGCAGGUGCCAACGCUGUCGCCACGGCUACCACCACCACCCAUCCCUGCCCCUUAACUCCCCCCACACAUGCACACGCUGCUGGUGUGAUCCACAGGGCUCUUUGCCUCCUCGUCCUGGAGAGGAGAGACCCUGGUGCCACCCUAGAAGCGGGCAGUGCCACUGCAAAUCUGGUGUAGGCGGCACAAGCUGCAGACACUGCCUGCCUGGCUAUUGGGGUUUUGGAGAGGAGGGCUGUAAACCCUGCACUUGCACACACAGCUGUGAUCCAACCACUGGGCAGUGUCUGGACAGUUACUCAAAUAACCAGGUGUUCAAUGUGCCCAUUGGUGGAAAGAUCCCUGAUCUGGAUCACAUGUUCACAGUAGAAGAAGAGGUACAGUGGUCAAAGGAGCUUGCCGUCUCUGCGCUGCAUUACACAGGAAAGUGUAGCUGUAAGCAGAAAAAGCUGAGAAGUGUGUCUGACCUCUGUAAGACCAAACAUGAUUAUGUGAUCAAAGCCAUUGUGCUGUCUGCUCAUGACAAAGGCAGCCACGCAGAAGUGCAGGUCAAAGUUCGCAAGGUCCUUCGAUCAAGCCAAGUGGCUCUCUACUUGGGAACCAUCCGCAUCUAUCCACUGCCGUGGACCAGCCGCGGCUGCACCUGUCCUAUUCUCAACCCAGGUAUGGAGUACCUGCUGGCAGGCCCAGAGGAGGCUGGGACAGGCCGUCUACUGGUCACCAUGCAGAGUGUGGUGGUCCCAUGGACACCCCGACUUGGUCUACUUAUAUCAGAGAGCCUGAGGACUGGAUGCACAUGAACAUAAACCCAAAAAGGCAGGACAGACUUCAGAGGAUUUCUCAAGAAAAUUUGAGUGGAAAAAAAAUCAGAAAAUGGACUGAAAACCGCUGGACAACAUGCUUUAUCACCAGGAGGAAAUUAUCCAAACUCAUGAUCAGUCCAGGUCACAACAUUGAAGAAAGGUACUCACGACGUGUGAGUGUGCAACACAAAAUAAAGACUAAAAUGAAUACCUGGAUUUGUUAAGAUCUGAGUUUAACAAAUCUCUUAUUCAAUGUUUACCUCCUCUUUAUUAGCAAAGAGAAAUGUACAAAAGAUUAAGGUAGUCGUAUAUAGAAAAUAUGUGACGGGGCAAAGUUCUUUGAAUUUCAGAUGGUUUCUAAAAUAUUUAUUACUUCUUUCAUAAAUAGUAAGUAUAAUACAUUUUGAAAGCCAAAUAUAAUUUGGAUUCAAUAAAAUGCUAUGAAACUAUCAUUACUAAUAAACAGGCAAUAUAACAAA